CAGCAACCACCUUGCCUUCGAGACCAGCAAGUGGCCGGGUCGGGCACAGAUGCUCCCGCUAGCUCUCGCCGCGGCGGCGUCUAUAAAACGGCCGGACCCAGGCAGAGCCAGCCACGCCAACACAGAGCAAGCCGCGGCCUGAGCAAGAAGAGACCUAGCUCCAGCGCCAUGGAUGCGGUGGUGAAGCGUGGCUACGGCGGCUACGGCUACAGCAAGCCGCAGGUGAACUACCACCGCCAGAACACCGAGUACGUGACCACCGUCGUCACGGAGGUCAACCACAUGACCGUCAACGACAAGCCCAGCUGCGGCGGCGCCGGCGUGCAGAAGCAGGCCGCCUACAAGGAGAAGGAGGAGGUGUUCGUGGAGCACGACAAGGGGUCGGCGUACGGCGGCUGCCACGGUGGUGGCGCCGCCGUGCACAAGCAAUCCUCAUACAAGGAGGAGGAGUACGAGGGGGCCGCCGCCGGCGUGAAGAAGGAUGCCUACUACAAGCAGGAGAAGUACGGCGAGGCGGCCGGAGGGUACGGCGCCGGCGCACACUACGGCGGCGCCGCCGGCGUUAACAAGCAAGGAGGCUACAAGCAGGAGGCCUGCGGGGAGACCGACGCGGGGCACUACGGUGGUGGUGGUGCGGGCGCCGUGCAGACGUACGCCUACGACCAUCAGGCGGCGUACGGCGGCGCCAUCGGUGCCGCCGUGCAGCAGCACGGCUACCAGAAGGACGCGUACGCCGGAGCCGCGAAGAAGAACAGCUACAAGCACGAGUCGUCGUACGGCGAGUGCGACGCGGCAAAGUACGGUUCUCACUACGGUUACGGUGGCGGCGCCUACAAGCAUCACGAGAAGUACGGCGAGGCUGACGGAGGGUACGGCGGUGCCUACUACAGUGGCGCCGGCGUGAAGUACGGGUACAGUUUCACGCAGCUCCUCUGCAUGCUUCCGAGUGAUAUCACGCCAUGGGUCCAGAAUCUGCGCGUGACAGGCGUGGGCGGCGGCAAAGCCGCCGGAGGGUACCCUCUCCACCACGGCGGCGCGUACGGCUACGAGGCGCACGGGAAGGCGAGCAAGACGGGGUUCGCCGGCGGCUACCACCACAACAAGGCGUACGACUGCGAGAGCGAGAGCGACUCUGACGAGAGCGACUGUGAGGAGGCGUUCCCCCCGCGCGGCCCCACCAAGCAAGGCGGCGUCCACGGCUACGGGGCGGCGUACAAGCACGAGAAGCACGGCGCCGGCAGCAACCUCGGCGGCGGCGUAGACGUCGACAUGGUGAUCAAGAUCGACGGCUCCGUUAACGUUCUCGUCAGGCACCUGCAGUGGAAGUUCAGGGGCAACGAGUGCAUCUCCAUCAACCAGCUCAAGGUGCAGGUCUACUGGGACGCGCACGACUGGCUCUUCGGCACGGGGAUGAGGAACGCCCUGUUCAUCUUCAAGCCCGAGCCGCCGUCGACCUCUUCUGACUUCCACGCUGACGAGUGCUCUGAUUUCUGCCUGUUUCUGUACGCAUGGAAGGUCGAGUGAGCUAGGAGGAUCCCACAUCACACUUGCUGCUGCUACUCCAUUACAGGGGACAUCAUCUCUUUACCAUGUUAUGAACCAAUAAUUCAUAUCAUGUAAUACUGAUGGAUUGGAGUAGGAGGUGGAAGUGUAUGGGAAUGAUUGCGGCCAUCCUUCACUCUCCUUCCAUGGGAGCGUGCUGUGCACAUGGAGGAUUGGACUGGAGGGGCGCAGGAUAGUCCUGGGGAUUAGGAUCAACAGGCUGGUCCUGAUAGAGAAACAUGGCAGACAGGAUUCGCAAUGCCAUAGCCCAUCCCAAUCAUGCAUUCAUGCUGAAUUAUCCUGGGAGAGUCCAGCUAAGAGCUGGUCCCUCUCCCAUGCGGUCCUCUGCUCCAUUUCUCUUAUUAUAUUCUUCAGCUCGUUUAUCUUGA